AUGAGAACUCUCCUGCUCGUAUCUACCGUCUACACUCUGCUGGUUCCCACAUUCGGUUACGUCAUCAAUUCGUGUGACGUCGUGACUACUGCCAGCACAGAUGACAAUUAUCGGUACCGAUGGAACCUACCGGCUAUUCCUGGAUCGCCCUUCACGUUUAAGGUUAAGGCCCAAAGCGACGUUCAUAUCGCUCUCUCACCCAUUAACCAGGAUUCCGACCCCAUGUACGAAAUUGUCAUUGGUGGUUGGCGCAAUCAAUGGUCAGCCAUCCGUCGAAGGAAGCAAGGGACCAACUGGGCAGAAGUAAGGACAGAAGGCAUUAUGUGGUCACCAACUCCAGAAUACAAGAGCUUCUGGAUAUCCUGGUCUUCAGCUGGAACUAUAUCUGUUGGGAAGUUUGGAGAAACCGACUCGUUCAUGCGAUGGACAGAUCCAGACCCUGUAUCAAUCAGUUAUGUUGGUUACAGCACUGGUUAUGGAUACAGCGGAUCCUGGAAAUUUUGUGACUACAACGAAUGCUCCCGUAACACCGAUGACUGCCAACACAACUGUGUGAACACCUUGGGUAGCUACCGAUGUACCUGUUGGAACGGUUACCGGCUGUCUGGCUCAAAGAGCUGCGUUGAUAUCGACGAAUGCUCCCGUAACACCGAUGGCUGCCAACACAACUGUGUGAACACUUACGGAAGCUACCGGUGUACCUGUCGGAACGGGUACCAACUGUCUGGAUCAAGAUACUGCCGUGAAAUCAACGAGUGUGCCAGUAACCCGUGUCGUAAUGGUGGGGCCUGCCGAGACCUCACCAACAGCUACAGAUGUGACUGUAGACCGGGAUGGAGAGGUACCAACUGUCAGUUAGACAACAACGAAUGCUCCAAUAACAACGGAGGCUGUGAACACAACUGUGUGAACACUUACGGAAGCUAUCAAUGUACCUGUCGGGACGGUUACCAGAUAAUCGGAUCAAGAUACUGUACUGAACAUGAUGAAUGUGACAGUAACCCGUGCCAUAACAAUGGGAUCUGCAGAGACCUUACCAACGGUUUCAGAUGUGACUGUAGACCGGGAUGGACAGGUUUCAACUGUCAGACAGACAUAGACGAAUGCAGCGCCAAUGCUGGACAUGGUCCCUGUGAUCCCAACAACGGCAUCUGUCACAACUCUCCAGGAAGUUACCGCUGCUGGUGUGAGAAUGGGUUUGAACUUUUGAAUGAUCUUCACAGCUGUGAAGAUGUUCACGGUUGCCUGGAGAACGCAGGAAGAGGUCUGUGUGAUCACAUCUGUACAGACCUGAUUGGUGACGUCCGUUGCUCCUGUAGGGCAGGAUACCAACUGGGCACCGAUGGAUACUCGUGUGACGUGGUUUGUCCCAGAGGACAUUACAAGGCGUCAGACGACACCUGUGUGAAGUGUGACUACCGGGAAUACCAGGAUGAGGAGGGACAGUCUUCCUGCAAGUCUUGUCCUGCUGGGACAAACGCCGUCUUCAGGGGGGCAACAAAUAUUGCGGAGUGUGCUGCGCAAUGUGUUGGUGGUCACGCUCCUUGUACAGACUGUCACCUGAUAGGAGGGAACGUCGAUUGUGAGUGUGCUGAUGGCUGGGCAGGCUCCAGCGAUGGCCUGGUCUGUGGACGUGAUGACGACAUGGACGGCUUCUCUGAUGUCCCCAUCUCAUGUGGGAAUGGCGAGUGCACAGUGGACAACUGCCCUGGUGUCCCCAACGCUGACCAGCCGGACAUGGACAGCGAUGGAAAAGGUGACGACUGUGACGAGGACAUCGACGGGGAUGGAGUCCUUAAUGACCAGGACAACUGUCCACAGAACCCAAACCCUGACCAGACCAACACUAACGGCACCCCUGCUGGAAACGCUUGUGAAACAUCUUUGAAUGACGUCAUCGCUACAAUCUGUGAGAACCAGCCUGACGGUACCUACCUCCCCCAUCCGAAUGGCUGCUCCAUGUACGUCCGAUGUUACCAUGCGGGGAAUGACGCUGUGUAUCCCUGUGCUCCCAGUACACACUGGAGUCAGGAACUACUGACCUGUGUUAGGUCGGAUCUGGCCAAUUGCAACUAG